CUCCGCUCCCCUCCCCUUCCGCAGCGCUGCGAUUCGGGGCGCCGCCGCCGUCAGAGCCGCGCCGCGCCAUGGGCAGCCGCGGGCAGCCGCCAGCCGCCGCCGCCGCGCCCGGGGGGCUCCCGCGGGGCUGCGCGGCGCUCGGGCUCCGAGGGGUAGCGGCCGCGGGCCGCGGCGCCGCCCGGCGCGGGGGCUGCGGGAGCUGCGGGAGCGUGUGCGCCCGGCGGACAGCACAAUAGCCGGGAGGAGGAGACAGGGAAAGGGGCAGGGGGAGAGGAGGAGAGAGAAAGAGAAAGCACAACACGGGGGCUGGCGAGGGGAGGACGGCGCGGCGGCCCCCGAGCGCGGCGGAGCGAGGACCGUGCCCAGCACGGCGGCGGCAGGAGGUGGGUGGGCGGGCGGGGGCGAGCGCUGCCUCCCCCCCCGCGCCCGGCCGCUCCUUUGUCCGCCCCCUGCGAAGCGCCGGGGAGCGGCGCGGUGGGAGCGGCGGUGCUCGCCGGCGGGAGCUCGGUCAUGCCGGGGGGCGAGUAGCGAGUAUCCGGGGCUGGGGGCCGGCAGGAGCCGGGGAGGAGAGACCGCUCCGGGGAUUGGCGUUCGCCGCCCGGCUUCCCUGCAUGGACCGUGAAAGGGACGCGCUGAGUUGACGCUGCCGGAGCUGUUUGUGCUUCUGCAUGUGAGAUCCGGUUGGUUUAUUCUCUCCACCUCUCUCUCUCCAGCUUCCCUUAUUCCCUACUUACUUACUCCUGUAUGCAAAAUGGUGGACCCUGUGGGGUUUGUGGAGGCUUGGAAAGCGCAAUUUGCAGACUCUGAGCCUCCCAAAAUGGAGCUGAAAUCUGUGGGAGACAUUGAACAGGAGCUAGAGAUGUGCAAAGCAUCUAUCCGGAGACUGGAGAUGGAGGUUAACAAGGAGAGGUUCCGCAUGAUUUACCUGCAGACUCUUCUGGCAAAGGAGAAGAAAAGCUAUGAUAGACAGAGAUGGGGUUUUAAACGUGUUUCUCAAUUGCCUGAAGGGGGUGCAGAGCAGCAGACCCAAGACCUGCAUCAUCACCAGUCUGCUGACCAAGAUGAAUACGAAAAAAGCAAGUCACACCAUGGGGAGGAAAAGUUCAAACCCAGGAUACCCUCCCUACGGAAGCUCUCCACCCAGAGCGAUGGGUCAGACCUGUCGCCCCUGGACAGCCCCCAUCAUGGAGAGGGAGAGCAGGACAGGUGUAAGUAUUAUGGUGAGGAGAAACUGAAAAGAGUUGCAGAAGAUACGGAGAAUCGCUGUGAUACAGAUGGGUCUCCUUCAAAACAUAGAUCAGCUUCCACCCGCAGGCUGGUGGGGUCUGCUGAGAAGGAGGGAUCAUUUGAACCGCUUUCGAAGGACAGAGGGAACACCACGAGUGUGGCAGCUCUAAGGUCCAAUUUUGAGAGGAUUAAAAAGGUUAAUUCACAUUCUUCUGGGGAUAACAAGGAUGUUGUUGAAAAGCCCUUUUAUGUGAACAUGGAGUAUCAUCAUGAGAAGGGUCUAGUGAAGGUCAACGAUAAAGAUGUUUCUGAUAAAAUAAGCUCCCUUGGUAGCCAAGCCAUGCAAAUGGAACGCAAAAAGUCCCUGCACUCCCUCCCUUCUAACAUGGUACCCAGCUUUAGUGAGUUCCAGAGGCCCGCUUACAGGGGAAGAUCCUCCGAGAGCAGCUUCGGCUAUGAUGGAGAAUAUGAGGACGCUGAACUGAACCCCAGGUUUCUCAAAGAUAAUCUGAUUAAUGCCAAUGGCAGCAACCGCCCACCUUGGCAGCCCGUGGACUUUCAGCCCUAUCAGAGUAUCUAUGUUGGUGGAAUGAUGGGGGAAGGAGAAGGGAAAGGACCUAUCCUGCGAAAUCAGAGCACAACUGAUCAGGAAAAGCAUCUCACUUGGCCUAGGAGAUCUUAUUCCCCCAGGAGUUUUGAAGACAUUGGAGGAGGAUAUACUCCUGACUGUAGCUCCAAUGAGAACCUUACCUCCAGUGAGGAAGACUUCUCUUCAGGGCAGUCCAGCCAUGUCUCCCCCAGCCCCACCACUUACCGCAUGUAUCGGGAUAAAAGCCGUUCUCCCUCCCAGAACUCCCAGCAAUCCUUCGACAGUAGCAGUCCACCAACCCCCCAGUCUCAAAAACGGCACCGGCAGCAGCAGCAAGUCAUCGUGUCUGAGGCUACUAUUGUGGGCGUACGCAAAACAGGGCAGAUCUGGCCAAAUGAUGGUGAUUUGCCUUCUGGGAGAUGUCAUCAGGACAGCUGUUUCCAUGGGGAUACAGAUGCUUCAUUCAGCGGUACACCACCUAGCUAUGCGUAUGAUGCAGAUCGAGCUGAAGAACAGAGGCGCCAUCAUGACAUGAUGCCCUAUAUUGAUGACUCGCCAUCAUCCUCACCCCAUCUCAGUUCCAAGAGCCGGGGCAGCAGAGACACCCUAUCUUCAGGGUCUCUGGAAUCUACAAAAUCAAGUGAGCCAGACUUGGAGAAAGGCCUGGAGAUGAGAAAAUGGGUCCUCUCGGGAAUCCUGGCCAGUGAGGAAACCUACCUGAGCCACCUGGAGGCUCUGCUGCUGCCUAUGAAGCCUUUGAAAGCAGCUGCCACCACCUCCCAGCCCGUACUGACUAGUCAGCAGAUUGAAACAAUAUUUUUCAAAGUGCCUGAGCUCUACGAGAUCCACAAAGAGUUCUAUGAUGGGCUCUUUCCACGAGUGCAGCAGUGGAGUCACCAGCAACGUGUGGGAGACCUCUUCCAAAAGCUGGCCAGCCAGCUGGGAGUGUACCGGGCCUUCGUGGAUAACUAUGAAGUUGCUAUGGAGACAGCAGAGAAAUGCUGCCAAGCCAAUGCUCAGUUUGCUGAAAUCUCUGAGAAUCUAAAGGCUAGAAGCACAAAGGAUUCUAAAGAUCAGACGACGAAAAAUUCCUUGGAAACUCUGUUAUACAAGCCAGUGGAUCGAGUGACGCGCAGCACACUUGUCCUGCAUGAUUUGCUGAAGCACACUCCAGUGACCCACCCUGACCAUCCCCUCCUGCAAGAUGCCCUGCGGAUCUCGCAGAACUUCCUCUCCAGCAUCAACGAGGAGAUCACUCCCCGUCGGCAGUCCAUGACCGUGAAGAAGGGGGAGCACCGGCAGCUCUUGAAGGACAGUUUCAUGGUGGAGCUGGUUGAGGGGGCUCGCAAACUACGUCAUGUCUUUCUUUUCACUGAUCUGUUCCUUUGUGCCAAGCUCAAGAAGCAGAUUGGAGGGAAGAGCCAGCAGUACGACUGCAAAUGGUACAUCCCGCUCACUGACCUUAGCUUCCAAAUGGUGGAUGAGUCUGAGGCAGUGCCCAAUAUCCCACUGGUACCUGAUGAGGAGCUGGAUGCCAUGAAGAUCAAGAUAUCCCAGAUCAAGAAUGACAUCCAACGAGAAAAGAGGGCCAAUAAGGGCAGCAAGGUCAUUGAGAGGUUGAAAAAGAAGCUCUCAGAGCAGGAAUCUCUCCUGCUGCUGAUGUCUCCCAACAUGGCUUUCCGGGUACACAAUCGCAAUGGCAAGAGUUACACGUUCCUCAUUUCGUCAGACUAUGAAAGGGCAGAGUGGAGGGAGAACAUCCGGGAACAGCAGAAGAAAUGCUUUAAAAGCUUCUCACUCACGUCAGUGGAGCUCCAGAUGCUGACAAACUCCUGUGUGAAGCUGCAGACAGUCCACAAUAUUCCCCUCACUAUCAAUAAGGAAGAUGAUGAAUCCCCAGGUCUCUAUGGAUUCCUGAAUGUCAUUGUCCAUUCUGCCACAGGAUUCAAGCAAAGUUCGAACUUGUACUGCACAUUAGAGGUGGAUUCUUUUGGGUAUUUCGUGAACAAGGCUAAAACUAGAGUCUACAGGGACACCACGGAGCCCAACUGGAAUGAGGAGUUUGAGAUUGAGCUGGAAGGCUCACAGACUCUGCGGAUUCUGUGCUACGAAAAGUGCUACAACAAAACCAAGCUCACCAAAGAGGAUGGAGAGAGCACAGAUCGCAUAAUGGGGAAAGGCCAGAUCCAGCUGGACCCACAGGCGUUACAGGACAAAGACUGGCAACGCACGGUCAUCUCAAUGAAUGGGGUUGAAGUGAAACUGUCGGUGAAGUUUACCAGCCGGGAAUUCAGCCUGAAAAGGAUGCCAUCCCGGAAACAGACAGGCGUCUUUGGGGUCAAGAUUGCUAUUGUCACCAAGAGAGAGAGAUCAAAGGUGCCUUACAUUGUGCGCCAGUGUGUGGAGGAAAUAGAGCGGCGUGGAAUGGAGGAGGUGGGCAUCUACCGUGUCUCUGGGGUUGCAACUGAUAUCCAAGCUUUGAAAGCUGCCUUUGAUGUCAAUAACAAAGAUGUGUCAGUGAUGAUGAGUGAGAUGGAUGUAAAUGCCAUUGCAGGCACAUUGAAGCUCUACUUCCGAGAACUGCCUGAACCCCUCUUCACAGAUGAAUUGUACCCCAACUUUGCUGAGGGAAUUGCACUUUCAGAUCCUGUUGCAAAGGAAAGCUGUAUGUUGAAUCUAUUGUUAUCGCUUCCAGAACCCAACCUUGUGACAUUCCUUUUCCUUCUGGACCAUUUAAAAAGGGUUGCUGAGAGGGAAAGCAUUAACAAGAUGUCCCUGCAUAAUCUUGCGACUGUCUUUGGACCAACGCUGCUGAGACCUUCAGAGAAGGACAGUAAAAUCCCUGCUAACCCUACCCAGCCUAUCACAAUGACUGAUAGUUGGUCACUAGAAGUCAUGUCCCAGGUUCAAGUCCUUCUGUACUUCCUGCAGCUAGAGACUAUCCCUACCCCAGACAGCAAGAGGCAAAGUAUCCUCUUUUCCACGGAAGUGUAGGUACCUGUGAUACCAACAGGACUUAAAAAACUGCUCUUGGCAUGAAUCUGCCACUCUUGAGGAGAAAGAGGACCGAUGUUUCUUCAGACAUUACCGGCCUGUUCCCACCCUGGCGAACUAUGGCCCUCAGUGCUUCUGCUGUUUGUUAACCAGAGACAAGCUGAAGAAAAAGGAGAAAAACCUCUCUACUUUUGAUCAGCAGAAUCAGAAACAGUUGAACUGGAGACGGAGCUGUGCAGGAUCUCCGCUAGAAGGCGCAAUGGACACUUGAACAAAUGCACCACAGAGUGUGGCUGUUAUUCUUGUUGGGAAUGUGACAGAAGGUAUUCCUCGUUUUAUGGAUUUAAUUUAUCAUAAAGAAACUUCAAGAUUUCUACUGGACCACUUGAUAGGAUACCCCUUUUUCUGGGUGAGGGGGAGUUAAAGGAUAUAUCACAACUGUGUCUUUAAUAACUGCUGUUUUUAAAGUACUGUUCUAGGCCACAAAAAAUAGUAUUGCUUUGCCAAGAGGAGAGGGGAAGAGAAGGGUCUGGGAUCUAAUAUUGCUGCCUCAGAAAUUCAAGUCUUGAUUUGAACAGGGCUCUAAAGAAGUGAAAGAAAGUUUUGUGUACAACUGUUGGGGUUUUUUUGUCUCAUUCACCCCUUCCCUUGCAAAUCUCUGUACAAACUCUAGGGAAAGAGAUGCCCUGCUCUUGCCUCUGUUGCACUUCUGACAGUUUUUGGUGUUAAGGGAGCCAGAUCCAACCAUACUACACUGUAAAUACAUAGAGCAAGUUAAAGAGAGGCAGGAAGGAUUAGACUUAGUGCUUUAUGAUUCUGUUGCUGUUUCCAUAUAAAAGCAGGGGCAACAUUAUCCAGAGAGGAUUGCUGAAUUCCUUAGAUCCUGCCAAAUUUAAUGAAAAUUAACUUAGAAGGCUUUUAUUUCCCAACUCUCCAAAGAAAAAAUGUUGUCAUUCCAUAAUAACUGAAGCAUCUGAGGACAAAAAAAAAAAAAAAAAAAAGAAAAAUCAAUGGCUAUCUGUUUUGCUGGCUACUUACUCCAAACUUUUAUCAGAAUAGCUUUUUUGAUACUUGAAUUUUUGGAGGCUUUGUACAUUGCUUCUCUGAGUCUUUUUCUGAUAGAUACAAAUACUUUGAUAAGAUGUGUCAGAAUGUACUUUAUGGACAAUCUAGGAAGUAGCAUGCAUGUGUAUUCUCCAGAAAUUCCAACCCUCUUUUAAUUAAGAGCAGUGAAGAAAUUUCUAUGAAACUACAUACAGCAGUACAAAAGGUCUAGCCAAAUAGCAACUUUGUGUUUUCCUGCCUAACUCCGUCAAAGCCACUGGGGUUACCUAGGCAUAAAGGGCAGCAGUAUUUGUCUAUGGAAUUGAAAAUGUGAAGUAAUUGCUGGUAUCCAGACCAGAGGAAACUGUUCUGGUCAUGAAGCAGUUGUGCCAAACAUCUUCGGGGCCGUGGGGAUGAUUCCCAUUUCAUAAGCGACUCCAUCCCCCUUCACUUCCUACCCAGUUAUGCAGCAUCCAUUUAGUAGCAACCAUCCACCAUCAUCCUAGCGAGAAGAAAAGUGCAGCUUGAAGACAGGGGAAGGAAUCAGAGUGGGGAAGAGGAGGGAGGGACAGAUUUUAAAAGUUGUAAUUGGUGCAGUUAGGUUGUCAACAUCAUUUGAGGGGAAGUACCACAAAGAAAACAAACACUAGUAUGCUAAAUUUCACAUUUUCUGCUGAGUGGUCUGCAGCCUCUCAAUUCAAAAAAAUAACAAAGGUAUCUUUUAAACAAACAAAAAAAAAAAGGAAGAGAAAUUAUUUUGUAGUCAAUGUAAUUCUGACUGCUGCAUUAUAUUAGAAAUUAUUGUACUGUGAAGUUGCAAAUUCAAAAAGGAACAAAUAUAAAUUUCAACUUUGUGAGUAUAUCAACAUUUUGCAUGCUUUGUAAGGAUUCUUAUAGGAAUUUAAUAUUGCUUAGUAUCCUUCCCUCCUUAGGUCUGGGAGAAAACCUCUUUGUAAUGUAAUGUACAACUAGAAAUUCCUUCUCUCUUAUAUGUAUUUUUACUACAUUCCAGCUUUUGAACCCAUAAAAACAGAAAAAAAUGUUUAUAUUAGGAGGUGCUUGUUGUGGGGAGGGAGGGAAUGAAGGCAAAGAAACUUGAAGGCUUGAAAUUUUGCAUUUUAAUUUUUUGCCUUUUCGAAGGUAAAAAUUAGUCACAAUCCUGAAAAAUGUUGACUGAAGAAAAGUCAUGCAGACCAGUAAACCACACUCAAUGGUUUUGGUUUUAUGUAUUUUUUCUCAUUUUUAAGUAGCAGUUCUGUAACAAUCCUUUUACUCUGGCUGCCCACCUACCUGUUCCAAGUCAUUGUUUGAUAUAUUUGAGGCAGUAGCACUGCUGAUGACUUUGUUUAAAAGGAAAAAACAAACUAUACCAUGUACUAAGGUGAUAACCUUUUUCUUUUGGUGUUUAGAAUCUGUGGCUGCUCUUUGCAGUGUUGAAACUGGAAAGCAAUACCAUAAUGACUGUGCCAAUUUCCUUUUGCCCAACUUUUUUAUUUUUAUUUAUAUAGGAAGUUAAUUUUAAUAUUAAAUUACUGAUCUAUAUUAUGUAACCAUGAAAAAAUUGCUUUUGCUUUGGUUACUGUUACAGGUUUUUGCUUUUAGUUUUUCAUUACAAUGCUCAGUUCUAAUGUAACGUUAUCUAACAUGCAGGCAUGUGGAUCAGGGAAAGAAAAGUUAAUUUAACGUAACCCGUUAAUUAUUUCUGUUAAGUAUGAAUGUUUUCCCCAAAGCUGGUAAUUUUGGGCUGGAAAAAAUAGCACAUCUUACUGCUGAUGAUGAGAUCAUGGAAUGAUUUGAAAUAGGAGAAUAGAUUUCUUGGAUUUCCUUUAGUUUUGCAAUUAAGUUUUUCAAAUGGACUUAUAUUUUCAGAAAUUAAGAAUUUCCAAAAGACUUGUAUUUUCUUUGCCCAGGGUUGUUGGUGUUUUUUUUUUACUUUGUUUUAAUAAGCCUUAUCGUAUUGAACAAAAGGGACUUGUAAAACUUGGCUUUAGAGAAGGCCUUCUGAUUUCUACUCUUAAUAUUCCCCUGUCAGUUGUGUGAGAAAACCUAACUCUUCCAUUUUCUAUAUUAAAAGGUACAAUGUAAACAUAAGAGCAAACUAACAAAAACUGCCAUUUAAAAUAAAUUGUGAUGUGCACUGGGAGUUUAUACUCUUAGUUUCCAGUGUAUUGGAGAAGCCUUUCUAAAAAUGUAGCUUUCAGCUACAGGAGUCUGAAACAUGAAAACAUUUAACAGGACUUUUUCAGGUGAUUGUAGGAUAGUCUGUUAUCUCCAGUUUACGGAGAGGAAUAAGUAUCAGUUCCCUAGCAUUUAGAGAGUAUUUUAAAAUUCUCAUGGAUUUUUUUAAACACUGAUAGGUUUUUAAAUCAGUAAAUAUUAAAUAAAGCAAACUGAGACAUUUUUUCAAAGAUGGGCAAGAAAUAACAGCUACUGGAUCAGUUUCAGCUUUGUGUUUGUUUGUGCUUUGUAUGGGAAGGGAGUGUCUGAAACCAAAUUGAAACACAUCCAUUAAAAUGCUGCUGGUGUUCUUUAUUCUUGCACAAUGUUAGAAGUUGAGGUAGUAGCUAAGCUAAUUCAGGCUCUAUUUAAUAUGCUGCUAUUUUUUAAUAUAUCGGCUAAGGGCAAAAUACAGCAGUGCGUUGACUAUAAUAUUUGGCGAUGCCCACUGCCUGCCUCAAUUCUGACCUUCAGUUGCUAAGCUAAGUUCCAGGCAAUCAGUAUGCACCAUAUGAAGCAAAAUUGCAACUUUUUUGUUGGCCACUAGGUGGUGGAACCAUAGAAGAUGUUUAUGGGCGAUGCAGUAUUUUUACAGUUUAUUCAUUUUACCUGUUUAAAAAUCUGUUUUACAGUUGUUUGUUAAUUUUCUGUGACUUUAUUUAAACAAAUGUACUGUUCUGUAAAGCAUACAUGGAACUCCAAAUCUGUUCAUCACCUUUGUAACACUGGAAGGCAUCACAAUGUGAUCACUUCUCUUGCUGUGCCAUUCUUUGAAGUAUGUAUAAAAUGUAAAUUGACCAAUGUGGCUUUUAAAGAUGCUUAAAAUUUGAUGGAGAAAAACCAACUCUCUGAUUCCUCACUGGUUAAUCCUUCCUUUGUUUCACUGCCUAUUCAUCUACUAAGAUAACAUUACCAUGGCAUUCUCACUAUGGAAGAUUUAAUAGGAAAUUGGAAAUAUUUUAACAAAAACCUCUGCCCUUUCUCUUUUUACUUUAAUUCUAGAAGGGACUUGUAAUAAUAGAAGACCAACACAUUCUUUCUAAGUUUUAGGCAUUUGCUUCUGUUCCUUGAAGAAAAAUAUCUGAAAGGGCAGUUUCUUAGUAGAUAACAUCAAAUUACUCUUAUCAAAUUCCUAGUGUAGUUAGUAAGUCACUUGUUUAUUUCCUCUUAAAUUUGUAGUCCAGCUAUGUUUUCUUUGUAAAAUUGAACAUUCUCAUAGUACUGUUGUCUGAAAAAUAAGUCUGAUACCACACACUUACUUUAACAUAGGGUAAGUGGCACUGAGAUACUGGAGCCUUAGAGUUAGUAUUAGGAAUUCUCCAUUCUAAGCUAGAAUGAAUUAAAUGUUCAGAUUUAGUCUGUAAAAUUUCUUAUUGAAUGAAGUAUAUCAAUUGCCCUUAAAAUCAAUGGAAACGCUAAAGGAAGCACUUACGGUUAAUAACUAUUCCUUAGCAAGAUUUUAGGGAAGAAAAAUAACACAAAUGGAAAAGAGAGGCAUAAUUCAGAUCAUAACUCAGAUCACAUGGUCUGGGCUUGUGAAGAACAGUUCUCCUUCCAAGUCAGAGAAGGCGGCUUAUGCCCUGGAUAACUCAGCUAAGACUGUAUUGCCAGUAAAUAAACAUUAAUAUAGGAACUUCAGGAAUUUAGCUAUUGUAGCCUCUCAGUUCUGAUGUGCUGCAAUCCCUCUUUUUUGCUACUCAAAAUUUAGAGUCCAGUGAUAAGAAAGCAAGGCUUAUCACUUGCUCUCUAAAUUAUUUUUUUUCAGUCAAUAGAUAAGGAAGAGCGGUAGAGAGUCUGUAUAUUACAUUAGAUGUACCAACACCACAAAGAAGGAAAAAGCUACUAGAGUCAGAAAGGUAGAUUUUAGUUGAUAUUGAGAGAGCCAACUUCCGGGCUAUGAGGAUAAAAUGCCACAACAUGCUAUAAUGAUUAAAUGGUUGAAAUAUUAGGACCAAAGUGAACUCAAGUGUAGGCGUUGUGAUUCACCUCCUUCCAUGGACGUGUCACUAGACUCAGGCCUUCUAGGUCAAGCAGAUGUAUAAAUGUAAUUACAAGAGUUAGAGAAUGUAUAAAUGAUUUAGUUUGCCCCAACUGUUGAUUCCCUUUGUGUUACCAUCUUAUAGCGGAAUUAGAGGAGACCAUUGUAUAAACAUACACAGGUGACCUGUCUUGAGUAUUUCCCAUGUCAUUUACUUCCUACUGUCAUGUUUGGCCCCUCAGUGAGAAAGACCCCUCCUUUUCCAACAGAAACCACUUCAUUACUUCUGUACUGUAGAAACUACCGCGCUGGGAGAUUCAGUUUAUAGCAGAGCUACCCCUGGUGCAGAAUAGACCAGGUACACCUAAACUGGGCUUGUAUGACUGUCUUGUGAGCUGCAUAAGAUUCCGUUAUUUACACCAGUUCAAGCAUAUUUGGAAAUGAAUAUGACUACAGAGUGCCCAAGCCUACCAGAAAUGUUUGCUCUACUGCUUUGUCUUAAUUGCAGUCAUGUUCAAAUACUCUUGUCAAAAAUGGUUCAUCAGAACGGAGGGUUUUUUUGGACUUCCCACCGUAGCUUUUGUUAGUAUAACUGUUGCAGUCGCCUUCCCUAUUGGUAAGAUGUUCUGAGAAUCCAAGACACUCUACAGAUUAACCAUUUCUCUCCUCUGCAGAAUGAUUUAUUUUGCAAGGCCAUUUUAUAUCCCGGUGGAGGUAUAGAAGAGCAUGUUGGUGUAUAACACAGCUUCCUGCCUGGAAAGAGAAUGCAGCUGCUUUCCACAGAUACCCAAAACAGGGAUCGCAAGGAGUAGAGCCUGCCAAUGAGCAGAUGGCCCUGGGUCUUAGAUGCUCACAUCUCCCCCGGGGCAGUUUGGGAGGCCAGAAGGCAGUGCUGGGAAGAGACUUAUCCAGCCCCUUCUUUAUUGUGCCUAAUUCAAUGAUCAAAUGCCAAUCUACAUAGAGUAGCUCAAAUUUCCUGCAUUUUAGUCCCAAUUAGGGAGAAAUUGGGGCUACAGUAACUCUAGAGAUUACACAAAUUGUCAACUGAAAACUGAUCCAUAUCUGAAAACUAUUUCAAAUGUAGGUCAUAACGUGAAAGCUGCUAUAACAAAAGGACGUUAAUUCAGAACAGCCUCUUCUAAUGCAUUCACACUCUGAUCCCUUCUUUAUGGCUUACAUCUCACAGGCCAAGAGAAAUCUCGUACUGGGCUUCUUCGUAAUGUAUAAAAACUUGUGAAAUUCACUCAGUAAUGGCAAUCUAUUUGGAAUCCUGGGUAAAACUAACCUAUGCAGGGACAGAUGUUUCAGGAGAUGGGAUAUCAGCAUUAAAAGUGAUCGUGAACUACCAAGGCAGCAAGAAGAGGGUAAUGAAUUGUAGUGCUGGGUAACUGAGAGCAUCACAGUGAAUUUAAAUAUGAUCUCAAAGCAGGACACCAUGAAAUGUUGUCCUUUCUGUGUCUGUCUAGCAAAAAAACCCUCUAAAACCUAAGCCUUCUCUUGCCGUGUAAGUUGUGUAGUUUGUUCUUAUCUCUAGUGUUGCAACUGUUUUAUAGUCCAUGAAGAAUUCCAAGGAAAGGAGAUAAUAAGACUAUUUAUUUAAAUACAAAUACAAUUAAAUUAUAUAAUUAGUGCUAAAAUAUCAAGUAUAGAAGAAAAACAAUCUGUUAUUGUUUGGAUAAUUUUGAGUUUCAUCAGAGUUAAUAUUGUUGGCAUUGUUUUAACACUGUCAUGUUAGGGAGUCUGUUUUUGACAUUUUAUACCGCUGUUAGUGCUUCAGUAUCUCAUAGUGCUCUGUUUUUGGAAAAGAAAACCUAAUUCUAAUAGUUUAAUAUUGAAAGGUGUUGAAACUGUACUGCUAAACAUCUCUCAGGUUUAGGCCUAAAGAAAGGAAAAAAGGAAAGGAAAAAAGGGGGAAAAAAUGUCAUUCUGGAUUUUUUUUUAAUUUUCUGAGAUAAAUAGUAUGAAAAAGGGAUCCAAAAACUGUAUUUGGGGAAAAAAGGUCCAAGGCAUUUGUAGCCUUUCUUUGUACACAAUGUUAAAUAAAAUCUCCUGUAUCUA